AUGGCUCCUGCCACUAACUGGCUGUCGUUUUCGCUCUCUCCCAUGGAAAUGCUCAGAAACCCCGAACCACAGUUUGUUCAAUACGACGCCGCCGCUUCCGCUUCUUCCUCCUCUCAUAACUAUUUUCUCGAUAAUUUGUACUCCAAUGGGUGGGGGAACCCCAAGUCUCAGGUUCUGCUGGAGCAGAAUCUAAACCAUAGCAACGUGAGUUUCAUGGAAUCGGCGCAGACUCAGAGUGUUAGCCACGCGCCUCCGCCGAAGCUGGAGGACUUUCUCGGGGACUCUUCCGCCGUGAUGCGAUACUCCGAUAGUCAGACGGAGACGCAAGACUCGUCGUUGACUCACAUGUACGACCACCAUGGCUCUGCUUACUUCGGUGACCAGCAGGAUCUUAAGGCCAUUGCUGGAUUUCAAGCUUUUUCGACUAACUCUGGUUCAGAGGUUGAUGACUCUGCCUCCAUCGGAAAGGCGCAUCCCAACGAGUUCGGGACUCACUCUAUUGAGUCCUCCGGGAACGAGUUCGCCGCGUUCUCCGGUCCCACCACCGGAGCCUUGUCUCUCGGGGUUGCGCAGAGCUCUGAGAAGGCCGUGGUUGCGGCAGAUUCCGAUAGCUCGAAGAAGAUAGUUGAUACCUUUGGCCAGCGGACUUCAAUUUACAGAGGCGUUACUAGGCACCGAUGGACAGGUAGAUAUGAAGCGCAUCUAUGGGACAACAGCUGUAGAAGAGAGGGUCAAGCCAGGAAAGGGCGUCAAGGAGGAUAUGAUAAGGAAGAGAAGGCAGCGAGAGCUUAUGAUUUGGCAGCUCUAAAGUACUGGGGUCCCACCGCUACCACCAACUUCCCUGUUUCCAAUUAUACAAAGGAGUUGGAGGAGAUGAAACAUGUAACAAAGCAAGAAUUCAUUGCAUCACUGCGAAGGAAAAGUAGCGGUUUUUCCAGGGGAGCUUCCAUUUACAGAGGUGUUACAAGGCACCAUCAACAGGGUAGAUGGCAAGCAAGAAUUGGCCGGGUUGCUGGAAACAAAGAUCUGUACUUGGGAACAUUCGCUUCUGAUGAGCAAGCAGAAGACGCAUACGAUAUUGCAGCUAUAAAGUUUAGAGGUGCAAACGCCGUAACCAAUUUUGAGAUGAGUAGAUAUGAUGUGGAAGCAAUAAUGAAGAGUUCUCUCCCAGUUGGUGGGGCAGCAAAACGCUUGAAACUUUCCUUAGAAUCAGAGCAGAAAGCUCCACUGAGCAACAGUCAACAAAACCCUCACUGUGCAAACAUGAGUGGCAGCAUCAAUUUCUCAGCCAUUCAGCCAGUUACUACUAUCCCUUGUGGAAUUCCCUUUGAUUCCACAACCGCGUAUUAUCAUCACAAUCUCUUCCAACAUUUUCAUCCCACCAAUGCUGGCACGGCAGAGUCUGUAGUUACUCCAACCAAUGGAACUGGACUCACUGCUCUGCCACCGCCACCAGCAGCAGCUGAGUUCUUUAUUUGGCCUCAUCAUCAGUCUUAUUGA